AUGAGCAUCACACCUCGCAGACUGCUGUGGUGCUGUGUUGUGAGUGCUGAUGAAAACUGGGAUGAUGAUCAGCUUCUUGGAUUUGAACCGUGCAAUGAAAACCUUAUAACAGGUUGUAACAUAAUCAACGGGAAAUGUGAAUGCGACACCAUUCGGACCUGUAAUAAUCCAUUUGAAUUUCCAAGCCGGGAUACUUGCCUGUCAGCCUUAAAAAGGAUUGAAGAAGAGAAACCCGAUUGCUCCAAGGCCCGCUGUGAAGUCCAGUUUUCUCCUCGCUGUCCAGAAGAUUCCAUCUUGAUUGAAGGCUAUGCUCCUCCCGGUGAAUGCUGUCCACUCCCGAGCCGUUGUGUGUGUAAUCCUGCAGGCUGCUUGAGGAAGGUUUGCCAACCUGGCUAUUUGAAUAUAUUGGUUUCUAAGGCAUCAGGAAAGCCAGGGGAAUGCUGUGAUCUCUAUGAAUGUAAACCAGUGUUCAGUGUGGAUUGCAGCACAGUCGAAUGUCCUCCUGUUCAACAAGUUGUUUGCCCACUGGAUAGCUAUGAAACCCAAGUCAGGCUGACGGCUGAUGGCUGCUGUACCCUGCCCACAAGAUGCGAGUGUCUCUCUGGUUUAUGUGGUUUCCCCAUGUGCGAGGCAGGCUCCAUUCCCCAGAUAGUCUCGCGUGGAGAUGGAACACCUGGCAAGUGCUGUGAUGUCUUUGAAUGUGUCAAUGAAGUGAAGCCAACUUGCAUAUUUAACAGCAUGGAAUAUUAUGAUGGAGACAUGUUUCGAAUGGAUGCUUGUCGUUUCUGUCGAUGCCAAGGUGGAGUCUCUAUUUGUUUCUCUGCCCAGUGUGGUGAGCUACACUGCGACAGGUACUAUGUGCCAGAAGGAGAGUGCUGCCCAGUGUGUGAAGACCCAGUUUAUCCGGUAAAUAACCCUGCUGGCUGCUAUGCCAACGGUCAGAUCCAAGCUCAUGGAGACCGCUGGCGAGAGGAUGACUGUACUUUCUGCCAGUGCAUCAAUGGAGAUCCACACUGUGUUGCAACAGCCUGCGGGCAGAGCUGUCUAAAUCCUGUUAAAGUCCCUGGGGAGUGCUGCCCAGUUUGUGAAGAACCAACAUACAUCACAAUAGGUCCGCCCACGUGUGAGAUUUUGGUGAACUGCACUUUGACUGAAAAAGACUGUAUCUAUAGUUUCAAACUGGACCAAAAUGGUUGCCGCAUUUGUCAGUGCAAAACUAGGGAGGAGCUGUGCACUGGCCUCAUUUCGGGCUGUUCCUUGGACUGUUCCUUCGGCUUCCAGACUGAUGUCCACAACUGUGAGAUCUGUCAGUGCCGACCGCGGCCUAAGAAGUGCAAACCCAUUGUAUGUGACAAGUACUGUCCCUUUGGAUACUUGAAGAACAAGCAUGGCUGUGAAAUCUGUCGGUGUAAGAAAUGCCCGAACCUGCCUUGUGGUAAAAUCUGUCCGAUGGGCUUCCAGCAGAACAAUCAUGGCUGUGUUAUCUGCAAGUGCAGAGAGGCAACCGCUUCUCUUAUGCCUCCUGUUAAAACAGGCUCUUGCCUGUCAAUGGAUGGGCGCCGACAUGAGAACGAGGAGAGCUGGCAUGAUGGCUGCAGGGAGUGUUACUGUCACAACGGACGGGAAAUGUGUGCCUUGAUCACCUGCCCUGUUCCUAAUUGUGACAACCCCACCAUACAUCCAGGGCAGUGUUGCCCAUCAUGUCCAGAUGAAAUAAUUGUGCAGAAGCCAGAGCUCACCAGUCCAUCAAUCUGUCAUGCCCCUGGUGGGGAAUACUUUGUAGAAGGAGAGACAUGGAAUAUUGAUUCUUGCACACAAUGUACAUGCCACAGUGGACGUGUCCUGUGUGAGACUGAAGUCUGCCCACCUCUUCUCUGUCAAAACCCCACCCGCACCCAGGACUCCUGCUGUCCACAGUGCCCAGACGAGCCUCUUCAGCCCUCUUCAUCAAGCAAUGAGAGCAUGCCCAGUUAUUGCAAAAAUGAUGAAGGAGAUAUUUUUCUGACAGCUGAGUCCUGGAAGCCCAAUGUCUGCACCAGCUGCAUUUGCAUGGAUGGUGUGAUUAGAUGCUACUCUGAGUCUUGCCCACUGGUAUCCUGUGAGAGACCUGUUUUGAGAAAGGGACAAUGUUGUCCUUACUGUAUUGAAGAUACAGUUCCAAAGAAAGUGGUCUGCCACUUCAAUGGAAAAACAUACGCAGAUGAGGAACGCUGGGACAUUGACAGCUGCACACACUGCUACUGCCUGCAGGGUCAGACUCUCUGCUCCACUGUCAGCUGCCCACCCCUCCCUUGUGCUGAACCCAUCAACGUGGAGGGGAGCUGCUGUCCCAUGUGCCCAGAGAUGUAUGUACCUGAACCUACUAACAUCCCCAUUGAGAAGACAAAUCAUCGAGCAGACAUGGAACUAGAAGUACCAAACUGGCCAACACCGAGUGAAAAUGACAUCAUCCACAUUCACAGAGACAUGAGUCAUCUCCAGGGAGAGUACAGAAGUGGCGGUGGACCGCACCCAAGUGAAGAUGCGUCAGUUAGCUCUGUUGCCUUGGUGACAAUUCCAAUCACGAUAGCGCUGUUACUGAUCAUCGUCCUUCUGCUCGUCAAUCAGAAAAAGCAGUGGAUUCCAGUGUCCUGCUACAAAGCUCCAACAAAGCCUUCUUGCCUAAACAAUCAACUGGUCUAUGUGGACUGCAAGAAAGGUACCAUGGUCCAGGUGGACAGUUCUCAGAGGAUGCUAAGAAUUGCAGACCCAGAUUCAAGAUACAGUGGAUUUUACAGCAUGCAGAAACAGAACAACCUACAGGCAGAUAAUUUCUAUCAAACAGUUUGAAGAAUUGCACCCUUAUGGAGGAUUUAAGAAAGAGAGAGAGA